GUGGAGGAGGUGCUGUGUAACGUGAGGGAGUGUGUAAAGGGUGGACGUGGCAAAGUUCAAGUUCAGAAUGUGACCGGUCCUGCAAGUGCCUUUUCCAUCUAGGCCACCUAGAGCCAGCUGACCCUGCCUCCUCACUUCCGCUCGUAUGUGCUACCUCCUGCCUCAAGAAUCGUGCUAAUUAGCAAAUCUGAGUGGCGGACAUGCAAUCAUGAGUAGGACUUGGUUUUCUGAGCGUCGAGAAAUUUGGCUCUGGUGGGAACGUGUAUGGUGUGUGUUCUAAGCAUGUGAUCUGGUUCAGAGGGGCAACAGAAGGUGUUUCACAUAAGAAAGUGUGAUGUUGAGGGGAAGAUGAGCUUUGCAUUUCACAGAUGGUAUGCUGUAUGGGGAACAAGUAGCCUAACGCUCUAUGCUACAGACAUGUUCAUAGUUGCAGAUGGAGCUGAAGAACCUUGCUGAGGCGAUUAGAGCCGCAAAAAACAAGUGUUUCACGACCAAGUGACAAUGAAGAUGUUCAGUAUCACAACCUACCCACCCCUAACCGUAGCUGUGGGGACUGGGUAAGAGAAAGAAUCUGCAAGAGAGAGAGAGAGAGAGAGAGAGAGAGAGAGAGAAACAGCAGGUGCGAGAGAAGAAGAGAGGAGGGAGACAGACAGGUGUUUGUGGAAACAUUUUCCUGGGAGACAUAACUUAAGCUCCAAGAAGAAAGGUCUGACUGACUGUGCGUCCACUGCUGCUCCCCAUCUCUUCCCUGUGGCACGCCCCGGUUAGCCACGCCCCAGCCACUAGCCACGCAGAGUCUGGACGGGUGGGGAGCCACGGCCGCGUUUCCAUGGCAACGGCACCCUAGGGCUGCCAUGGCAGCAGCCGCCGCCAAUGCCCCAGGCCACCACAUCCCAGCACUGACGCAGGAGGACCAGCAGGACCCACGCGCCGCCGCCAAGCUGUUUGGAGGUGCCGCGCCGCCGCGAGCGGAGAGAGAGCGAGAGAGGGAGAGAGAGAGGGAGAGGGGAGAGAGAGCGGGCGGCCACGAGUGUCGGGUGUGCGGCGCUCUCUUCGGCUCGCCGGACAAGCUUCGGCUGCACGCCUUCUGCCACGCGGGGGAAAAGCCGUUCCACUGCUCGCAGCCACACUGUCCCAAGGCCUUCAGCUCCAAAUAUAAGCUCUUCAGGCAUAUGGCCACACACUCCCCACAGAAAACCCACCAGUGCUCGUUCUGUGAGAAGAUGUUCCACCGCAAAGACCACCUGAAGAACCACCUGCAGACCCACGACCCCAACAAGGAGGCCUUCAAGUGUGAGGAGUGUGGCAAGCACUACAACACCAAGCUGGGCUACAAGCGGCACGUGGCCAUGCACGCGGCCACGGCGGGCGAUCUCACCUGCAAGGUGUGCCUGCAGAGCUACGAGAGUACACCGGCGCUGCUCGAGCACCUCAAGAGCCACUCGGGCAAGAGCUCGGGCGGCACCAAGGAGAAGAAGCACCCGUGCGACCACUGCGAGCGGCGCUUCUACACGCGCAAGGACGUACGUCGCCACAUGGUGGUGCACACAGGCCGCAAGGACUUCCUGUGCCAGUACUGCGCGCAGCGCUUCGGACGCAAGGACCACCUGACGCGCCACGUCAAGAAGAGCCACUCGCAGGAGCUGCUGAAGAUCAAGACGGAGCCGCCGGACAUGCUGGGCCUGCUGGGGACGGGUUCGUCGCCGUGCACGGUCAAGGAGGAGCUGAGCCCCAUGAUGUGCAGUAUGGGCUCGGCCGGGGACCCCAUGAUGGCAAAGGCCUUCCAGACUGGCACGCCCUUCCCCAUGGGCAUGUACAACGCGCACCACCUGCAGUCCAUGUCCAGCCCCGGCGUGGGCCAUCACCACCACCACCACCACUCGCUGGUGUCCGGCUCACUGUCGGCCGCCAUGGGGAUGGGCUGUCACAUGGAGCCUCCUCCGCCAGCGUCCUUGCACCCGCACCACCACCCGCAUCACCACCACCAUCACCACCACCAUCACCACCACUCCCCACCUCCGCACGCUCAGCAACAGCCCCCUCCUCAUCCCCCGCCGCACCAGUCGCAGGUGCACCCGCAGCCCCCGCCCAAGUACCAGCUCGGAUCUACCUCAUACCUGCUGGAGAAGCCGCUCAAGGUGGAGAUGGAGAGUUUCCUGAUGGAUCUGCAGAGCGGGCUCCCUGUGGCACCGCCCAGUGCCUCGGAGCCCCACACCGCCUCCUCGCCGCCUAAGGAAGGCAUGGAGCCGCCACCAUCCGGACUGCCCGACGAGCUAUGUGGCGCUGGCGGUGCCGACGGCCUGCUCGCCAAGAGCCCGGCCGUCAUCGCCGAGUCUCUGUGUGCUGCUAACAUGGACUUCUCCCACCUGCUGGGUUUCCUGCCGCUCAACUUGCCCCCCUACAGCGCCCCCAUGAGCUCCGGAGGCCUGGUGAUGGGCUACACCACCUCCUCCUCGGCCAUCUCCUCCUCCUCUUCGUCUUCCUCCUCCUCGUCCUCGCACGCCACCGAGCCUCAUGCUGCCGCCGCCGGUGCCGCGACAGCGCUGCCUCUUACCUCUUUGCAACAUCAACCUCAGGAGCAGCAAGGCUCCGGUGGAGGCCUCGGCUUGGGGCCCCUGCACUCCCUCCCGCCAGUGUUCAGCUCCAGCCUCAGCACCACCACCCUGCCUCGCUUCCACCAGGCCUUUCAAUGAGGGCUCCACCCCGCCCCGCCACUUCUGCCGCCUGCUCACCCGCGGGCACACGCCUCCCCCGGUGGGCAGGAGGGCGCACAGGGCAGGGCGGGGAGGGGGGGGGUAUUGGCCUAGGUCCGUGAGGACCCAGAGUUCCUAAUCAAAAAAGGUUGGGAGAGUCAAACACUUGAACAUUUUAGAAGCCUUAAUUGAAGCGCACAAAGCUUUUGAUUGAGCCUGGAGGAAUUUACCCUUUAAAUUGAGGAAAAAAGGAAGAAAUAGGAAAUGCAAAAACAAAAGCUUUUAUUUAGGCUGUUUUUAAAAACAAAAAAAAGUUCAUUAAGAAUGAUGAUUAAUGUUCCCCAACUUGCCCUGUCUCCUUCCAAACUCUUCCCUACCUCUCUUCUCUCCUCCCCUCCCUUAUAAAGUAGUUAGGAGGCAGCAUCAAUAGGCCCUAAGGCAUGGUACUGCAUAAGUUACAAAAUAAUAAUAUUAAGAAAAAGUUUCUCUGUCAAGAUUAAUGUAGAGAAGAAUCUUUCAUUUAUGAUGCAGAAAGACUAGUUUGAAGUGAAUAGGAUGUUUUUUCCUCUUUUUAAAAAAAUCACUAUUCCAAAUGUGAGACGUAACUUGUUUGCCCUUAAACUCAAACCGUCUUUGGCAGCCAGGAGUGAAAGAAUAAAAUAAAAAAUUAGUGAAGGAAUGAAGUCAUAAGACAGGCCUGGUAGUAGAAUAGUCUCUCCUUCUAUCUCUCUCUUUCUCUCUCUAUCUCUCAGUAUUCAGCUGACGAAUAGCACAUUUGGCAAAAAAAUAACAGCUGAGUUAAUAUUAGUGAAAAGUUGAGAAAAAAAUACAUUAAAUUAUACUAAUGCCAGAAUCAGGGUGUGGACUGUCAAAAGUCUUCAUUUUAGUGAGAAGGGACAUUGGCUAAAAUUACUUCCCCCUGAGACUGGUAUGUGCUCUUUUUCUAAACUUACAAAUUAUUCUACCUUCAGAGGUGCAUCUUUCAGCUGUGAAUUGAAAAACACCACAGUUCUUUUUCCUUUUGGAAAAAAGAGAGAGAAGUUUAAAGUACAUUGAAAACAGCUGCACCCAAUCACAUCCCUCUCAACAUGUACACAGCCAACCCAGUGACCAACCCCCAAAUUACAAACAAUGUUAAUAGAUUUUGUUUUGUGUGUGUGUGAGGAAAUCAUAGGACGUUACACAGGUUUACAGCUUUCUUCGAGAGAAGCACUUUGUUUACAGCAGAAGGCACUUGAUUUACUAGGGACGCAGUGCCGUCCCCAGUGACCUCUUCACCCUAACCCUUCAACACGCUUCCUGGGAUACAGAUACUUCUGUUGGUGCUUGUGACCUAUCAAGGCCAUUCUGUCUGACAAGAUAUCUAUGUUUAACAAUCCCAAUAGGGACUUACAUAACAGGAGGUGGCUUUCAAGGAUCCCCCCUUCUGUCUUCCUUCCAGCACUAAUUUUCCGAAGUCUCCAAGGCAACAAAAUUUAUUUUCCUGCUCCCGCCCACCUCAUGUUAUUGAGAUAUACUUUUAGACAAAAAGUAAUAGUAGGCAGGUUUUUCUUUUUUUUAGGAAUACAUGUUAAUAAUAACCCUGACAUAUGUGAAUAGAAACAAAUGAAUAACAAUUUCAGUUUAAAGAAAAAAAAUAUUUUUGCAGUGUACGAAAUACCACAUCAGAAACUAUAUAUUAUAAUUGCUUUUUUUCAGUAAAGUGUAAUUUAGAUAGAUGUAAUAAAACAAAUUGCUGAUUUUUAAGAAAAAAAAUGUCUGACAGGUUUACAUACGUAUGUAUCUUGCAUCAUAUUGAUCAAAAAAGGAUGAAGUAUUAGCUUUUCCCUAUAGCUUUUCUCUGUCUUAUUUGUCCUUACCUUUGUAUGUACGUGAGUCAAACAAGAGGGCCCGUCAGAAUUGCGGAGUGACACAUGUAUCUUAGGCUAUUAGUGGCAUAAUCAACUAGAAUGGAUUUAACAUUAUCUUUGAACUUCUCUGUAGAGUGUUUUAAUAGAAAGCCCAUGUUUUGAUUGAUUUGGAUUUUAAAUUCUCGCAGUGUUGAGUUGAUGUUGACCUGCCGGUUUAUUAGUCUGUUUGGUGAGUGGUACUAUUUCAAGUGACCCUUCUCACUGUAGAUGUAUGUUCUCCAUUGACAAUGAAACAUGUACUUCAGCUUAAAAGCUCCGACCUAACUAUGCCCUCGUUGCCCUAGAAUUCGCCAGAAUUAGCUACUUCCACUAGACUUGAGACCACAGUUGUAAACACAAGAGGGAGCUUAGCUUUUCACACUCAAAGUCGGUCUGCUAAUCCAAAUGGGUUGAUGGUGGAGAAUAUUCUCAUGCCAGGAAACCAAACCAUGUUAUGUCUUUAGUGUAGUGAGCUCCCUCUUGUGAAACAUGAGGACAUCAAAACUUGGGAUCACUGUCAAACAUUUCAAUACACUUAAAAUGGAGUGGUGUCAGAAUGGUCAAACAUCACACCUCUACCCCCAACACAUAAGAAGUGUUCUUAUUUCACUGCCACUCUUUUAAGGAUACUCACUCAACAGCAGAGGCUAUACCAAGCGCCCCCCUUCACUCUGAGAGCUUCCCUUGCCUGGAGGAGACGUCCUCUUAAGAAGCAAGUUCAUCUCUACUGCAUAGUGAAUGUGAAUGACCAUAAAAUAGUGACUCCGAAACAAAAAUGGUGGCCACAAUUCAAAAAUGAGAUAUAACAAAAAUUCAUGUAAACAUUGCUGCUUUUUUAGCUAUAGUUGCCAACAGCGACCGUAGACCACUAGAGGAACAUUUCAACCUGCAAAGCUGUUUUAAGCAAAAAAAAAAAAAAGAAAAGAAAUGAAAUGAAAAGGAAAAAGAAAGACAAAAAAUAGUCUAAAGAACAUGCACAGUAGUACACACGAACUGGUUAGUCCUUUCGUCUCUGUUCUCCUUAUCCAGCUGCUUCUUCAGUUUCAAAGGAACAUUUUUUAUGAAAGGGUCUAAGAAGACACAAUAUCCAGAACAAAGAAGUCACCAGCCUGGUCUUUGACAUUCAAAGCAGGGGACACUUGAUUGGGAUAUUGCCUAGUCGUUUGUUGUCAUAUGAUAUAUUAUUUUCUGUUUGUUUGAAACAGGACCUCAGAAAAAAAAACAACACAACACAUCACCUCAUUUUUAAUAUUUUUUUUCAUACCAAAAACCCGGGGAGAAGAAAUUAUAUUUUGCACAAUUGCUCAAGGAAAAAGUAUAAGUAUAUAUUGGUAAAAUAAAUCAGAUUUGUCAUACUGUAAGACUAGCUCUUAAAAACUGAUGAUAAGAAAUUAUGAAUGUCUCAAAAGACAUUUGUUCCUAUUUUAAAGUACUGAACAGUUUUGGUUGUGUCAAUGUUGACGUGUUUUCUGAUUAGUUCUUAGAAAGAAAAAAGAAAGAAAAAAAGUACUCCUAGUCCACAGUUUCCUGGAAAAUCCUGGAUAUAGCUGUGUUCUAAAAAAUAGAUUUAUUCUUAUAAUGUAAGUCUAUUUGUUUUGGAUAUUUCAAUUUUAUAUGAUCCAAAUAAGAAUCAUUUAUCUCAAUUACGUUAAGCACUAUUGGAUAUUUGAAUAUUUGUUUUAUGACAUUGGUUGUCAAAAUAGAGAAAAUAUGAAAAGCUAAAUGAAAACAUUCACCUUAAUUUGGAGGCUAAAAUUGAUAAGCUUUAGUCAUAUCAUGGCUAAGGCUAUCAAACAGAUAAUUUUUACAAAAUUAUCAAAAAAAAUAUUUCUUAACUGUAAAGAAAAAAAAAAAAGCUAUUGGCAUCUAUUGAGUUUGUCCUCCCCGGGUUUAUGUGAGCUGAUCUGAAUUCUAGCACUUUUAAACCUUUUAAAAAGAGUAUUUUCUUUUAAGAUUUCAGCCUUAAAUGUUUGUAUGUUUUUAAUUUUUUGUAUUUGACCUUGUACAUGUAUGUGCCAUUAGUCCGAUACGUAGACAUUAUUCAUCUUGUCGUGUUUUCCCUCUUCAAAAAAGAGUUAACAGUAUUUCUGAUAGAUUUUCACUAAUAUCCCUCUUUAUGCCCCUAACCCUUCAUUUUUUGUAAUCCCCACAUUGUGGCGAUCAAGUUUAAUCUUCAAUCAAUUUUUUUUCAUGAGAAUUUAUAAACGAGUCUUAAUGGCUCGAACUUUGCUUUGAUUAGAAGAGCCAAAAAUGGCUCACCACAUGUUAAGCAUGAGAACCUACCCUAGAACCACCACCACUCAGCAAGAGGGAGAGAGAGAGAGAGAGAGAGAGAGAGAGACCGAGUGUGUGUAGAGAGAAAAAAGUCAAACGUCUCCCUUUCCCUCUCUCAGCCAUGCCUGAAAAGUGUUUUAAAUCUAUAGCAGUGGGCAGACUUGUACCGUAUAUGGUCAGGAAAUGCCCUCCCACCCACCGUGCUUGUGGUUUCAAUUAAAGUUGUCAGGAUGACAUGCCAGGUUGUAGGUGGGCAUGGGCACACAGGCACUGGCACAUGGCAAAGGCUUUUCCUCCCAUUUAGCUGAGCUUGGUGGAACUGAAAUAUUGGUUUAAAAUUGGGUGCUGCUUAUCCAGAAGAGAACAGGAAAAUGAGCAUUGCUGGAAACAUCCCUGAUGUCCCCCACAAAGUUACCAAUGAUAUGACAAAGCAAGAUCCAUUUAAAAAGAAUCUUGAUUUUAAACGAAUUGGACAUUUAACAGCAAAUGUGUUUUGUGAAGAAUACACAAAUUGAGUCAACUUUAGCCUCUUUAUUUGACCUCAUCAGUUUCUUGGACCCUGUUGUACCUACAAGGGAUGCACUUAUCCUUUCAAUUAAUCCACACCAGUAGGUGCAGAACUAAGAAAUUUUAUGGGAAUAUAUUUUGAAGAAAGAAAAAUUUAUGGCAGAAAACCAAUCAGAUUUGUUUUUAAGUAAAUGCCUCUCUUUUUGUUUUGCUUUAUAGUAAAGAGAUGGGUACUGUCUGAUAUAGACAAAAUCCAUGUGUAGUUUUAUAUAUUUUUAGCUUCAUGUAAGUCUUGCAUUCCAAGCUCUCAUUGUAUCUUUGUUUAGCAACAUAGUUCUUUUUAGUACUCCUUUAUUACCGCAUCCCUGGGAAAAAAGGUGAAACACAUGAAAAUGGAGUAAUUGCAUUCAUCCUUACACUAUUUUAUAUAGCAUGGAGUUCAUCAUCUACAGGGAGCGUUGUAUAAAAAGAGAAUAUGCUACAGGACAAAACAAUCUGCUUUUUUUUGUUUUGUUACAUAACUCACAUGCAAUCAAUUGCAGCAGUGUAAAGUGACAGAUUUGUAUAUUGGUUGAUCCAAAGAGAUGACAUAACAACAUACCUAUUUACUUGUACAGUACAUUGUAUCAUUUUGACUUGUAAUGUGUUAUGUUAAAAAAUGAUUAAAAGAUAAACCCACGGUUUCAUA